AUGCUGGACAGCGAAAAAAGAAGAAAGCUUGCGUCUAAUCGGUCAUCACAACAAGAGCUUGCCCAGAUUGCAGAACAGCCAGAGCUCAGCAUUUUAGACAGCACAUUUCCUGUUUCUGCCGAAGAAGCUUCAACGUCCCAGAUGUCAUCGAGCCGACAGUCCCUUCAGCAGCCGCCACACGAGAAAAUGUUCAAGAAGCACGAGAAGAAUGAUGCAGAACAAAAUUCUCUAGUUGAAUGCUGGCUGGUGGGGAAAGAGUAG